UACGCUUGAACUUGAAGAUCUAUUUGUGAGACUGAGGUUUGAAUUCGUCUGAACUGUAAGAUUGGCAGAAGAUUUCUACCAGAGGUGUGAAAACAUUUUGAAAGACUCGGGUCAAGAUGCCGGCGCACUAUGAGUGCAUGAUUGGUCCAUCCAUCCUGAACUCUGACCUCUCUGUUUUGGCAGAUGAGUGCCAGCGAGUUCUUGACAGUGGCGCCGAUUACCUCCACUUGGAUGUUAUGGACGGACAUUUUGUACCCAACCUCACCUUUGGCCAUCCCGUUGUGCAGUGCUUGCGAAAGAAAAUUCAAACAGCGUUCUUUGACAUGCACAUGAUGGUAGCAGAUCCAGAAAAGUGGAUUCAGCCGAUGGCGGAUGCAGGUGCCAACCAGUACACAUUCCACAUUGAAGCGACCGACAAACCAAAGGACGUGAUCAGGCUAAUCAAAGAAGCUGGCAUGAAGGCAGGAAUUGGUGUAAAGCCGAAGACACCUAUCGAUGUAGUCCUCCCGUAUGUUGAAGAAGCAGACAUGAUCCUAGUCAUGACCGUAGAACCAGGAUUCGGCGGACAAAAGUUCAUGGAAGACAUGAUGCCAAAGGUUGAGAAGCUGCGCAGCAUGUACCAGUCUCUAGACAUCGAGGUGGACGGUGGCGUGGGACCUGCCACUAUCGACAUGGCGGCUAAGGCGGGGGCAAACAUGAUCGUAUCAGGCAGCGCUAUUAUGAAGAGUGACAACCAACGACAGGUCAUUAACACGCUACGGACGUCGGUUAACGAGCACAUACAACGGGCAAACCUCAACAGAUAAUUAUGAUUUUUUUUGUCUUAAAUAUUAUAUAUUUUUGGGGGGGCUUGUCAAAGUUUAUUUUGUGAUACUAUGCCUGUAGGCCACGGAGGGCACGGAGGGCAUGGCCUCUGUUGCCCCUGAUCUUGUCGAAAAGUUUCCCAUCGACUUAAAGACUUUCAAAUGGAAGUGCCUUUCUCAAAAUGAAAAAGGCCUUGCCCUUUUGACAUGCAUGUUCAAAGAUGAAACUCUAGGCCUGAUACUAGUGGCCGCCCGUGUCAUGACGACAGCCUCCCCCCUCCCCCCCCCCCUCCCAAUUUAAUUUGACUCUGGAAGAGUAAUUCAUUUGCAACUUGUACUGUCUAAUCAACAUGCUUCCAAUAAAUCCUGUUUUGUACUGAAAUCAAUAACAAACGUUAAUUGUCGGGGGUUUGUGAUGGGUUCUAUACUUGCUGAUUUGAUUGCUGGGUUUUUACACCCCUAGUGUAUUUUCUUAACCUUUACGAAAACAGCGGGACAUGUUGCCUUGGAUUGGGCGAUUUGGUCUAUAAAAUGCCUCAUUAGAAAGAUGUUUUUAAAGUAGAAUAAUGAUCCACACAAAUAUGCCUCAAAAAUGCACCUGUUUGUUUUCCGUGUACAUGUACGUUAUGAACUAACACUGCUCGCUAAUUUGUGGAGUAAAAUUGCUGCCUCCACAAGUUGGUCCACCAUGUUAGUGCGCAAUAUCUAAUCACACGCAUUUUAUAACUAAUGGUUUCAAAUGCUUUUCAUUAACCAUCUCGCCCGAUCCAAGGCAGCGUGUCCCUUAGUUUAACCAACCCUAAUACACUACCGUUUAAAUCAUCAGUGGGUUUUUUUCUCGGAACAUUAGGGUUGUCUGAAAUAGGGGUGCCGGAAUGUAGAAUGCAAGCAAAAUAAAGCAGUUAGUGAAUGGCCUGAAGUUCAUAAUCAUUGAGCUUUCAAAUGGUUCUGUUUAUAGUAUUUUUGUAAACUUACCGAUUCUAUAUUUGGAGUUUAACUCAUUGAAAUGUAGUUAUAAUAAUGUUGUAGAGCUGUUCAAAAACAUUUUACAUAAAGUUUUGUUUCUUUAGUCGUGUGUUCUAAGAUUUUUUCCCCCAUUUUUUUUCCAUACAUGUUUGGUGGCCUUUAAGGGCCAUUGAACAUGGCCGUCAAUAUCAGGACAACAAAACAACAUAGCCUUUUAGGAUGUCUAUGUGAAAUAAAUGAGGUUUUGAACCAAAUUAAAUUGAAUUGAAAUAAUAUGAUAAGCAAUGUUAAACCUUUUGAUUUUUGUUAUAGUGCAAAAGAAGUGUUAGCCUACCAAAGGUGUUGUUUUUAGAGAAAAUGAAAAUAAGAAAUGGGAAUAAAAUAUCUUGUCCAUAGAUUAAACCUUCAGUUAGUUUGAAACAAACCAAAUAAAUAAAUAAAGGGCAUUUAUAAAUACCUGAA